AUGAUCGGAGUCUUGGGCGCCAUGGAGUUGGUAGGGCAGAUUACCGGCCCUCUCAUCGGUGGCGCCCUGACGGACAACGCCUCAUGGAGAUGGUGCUUCCUGAUAAACGUACCCAUGGGAACAGUGGCCGGUGCCGUCGUUUUCUUCCUGCUCAGAACCCACCGAAAGCCUUGGAAGACGAUCUUCCAGGAACUGAAGUUGAUUGACGGCAUCGGCAUUCUCAUUUUGACUCCGGCCAUUGCUCUUAUUUUGUUCGUCGUUCAGUCUGGUGGCAACACGUUCGCAUGGAACAGCGCAGAGUCCAUCAGCAUGUUGACCGUAGGAUUCGCUCUCCUCGUGGCGCUGAUGUUCUGGGAGCAUCGGAAGGGCGAGGCUGCUGUUAUUCCCCUGGCACUGUUUAAGAACCGCAGCAUCUCUUUCGCUGCAGUUUUUGCUGUGACAGCUGGCAUGGCUAUGGCUUUGUUCGACUACUACAUCCCGCUAUGGAAUCAAGUCAUCAAAGGCUAUUCAGCCGCACGCUCUGGGAUCCUUCUUUUACCCCUUAACGCUUGUUCUGCUGUUGGUGUGAUGGCGGGAGGCCUUCUGGCGAACACCAUCGGUCGCGCCAACCCGGUUAUGCUUCUCGGCGGCACUCUAACGGCCAUCGUGUCUGGUCUUUUCAGCACAAUCACUAUGGCCAGUACUGAUUCCCGUAUCAUGGGAUUCUCGGCCCUGGCGGGUUUCGCUGCUUUGGCGUCACAGCAGCCCAUCGUUGUGGCUCACAACGCUGUCGAGACCAAGCUAUCACCAACUGCGAUCUCCAUGAUGCUCUUCAGCAGCAUGGUGGGCAGUGCAAUCAGUCUUGCUAUUGCGCAGGCAGUUUUCCUCAAUAAGCUUCAAGGCAACCUUCGUCCAGUGCAGGGAGUCGACGUGGACAAGAUCAUCCGAAGCGGCGCGACAGAGCUUCGCCACAUUGUUGAUCCAUCCUUGCUACCAAAGGUUCUCGAACUUUAUAAUCUUUCGAUUGUUCAAGUAUUCUACAUGGCUUUAGCUGCUGGUAUCGCUAUGACGGUAGCAUCACUUUUGGUCAAGUGGACGAGGAUCUUGGAAAAGAAGCCAAAAGAUGCAGAAACAUGUGAACCUUCGCCAGUCACAUCAGCCGGUACUGGGGUGACCGAACCUGAGGACAGAGAAAACGCCCAAACAACCACGGAAACCAUCGUCGAGAAGGAUAAAGAUUGA